CCCAGGCUCGGGCGCCCGGUGCCGCCGGAGUGUGGGUCCGGCACCGGAGCGUGGCCGAGCGGGAUGAGCAUCGGGAGCCUCCGGCGGCGGCCGGGCCGCACCCUCGGAGUGCUGCUGCUGGUGCUCCUGAGCUUCCUGGUGCUCCGCAGGUAUCUGCAUCUCAACCCGGACAAUUGUGCCCAGGAGGGCGCUCGGAGGUUGAACUGGAGCACCCUGAUCCCACACUGGCUUCAACAUCGGCAGUUAGGGCUGCAAGCCAAAGGCCAGAACUUUAUGCUGGAGGACACUAUCUUCUGGAUCUUCGGAGGCUCCAUACACUAUUUCCGUGUGCCCAGGGAAUAUUGGAGGGAUCGCUUGCUCAAGCUGAAAGCCUGUGGCUUGAAUACCCUCACCACCUAUGUCCCUUGGAACCUCCAUGAGCCAGAAAGAGGCAAAUUUGACUUCUCUGGGAACCUGGACCUGGAGGCCUUUGUCCUGCUGGCUGCUGAGAUCGGUCUCUGGGUGAUUCUGCGGCCAGGGCCCUAUAUCUGCGCUGAGAUCGACCUUGGGGGCCUGCCCAGCUGGCUGCUCCAAGACCCUGGCAUGAAGCUGAGAACAACUUACCAGGGCUUCACUGAGGCUGUGGACCUUUACUUCGAUCACCUGAUGUCCCGCGUGGUGCCACUCCAGUACAAGCAUGGGGGUCCUAUAAUAGCUGUGCAGGUGGAGAAUGAAUACGGUUCCUACAACAGAGACCCCGCCUACAUGCCUUAUAUCAAGAAGGCCUUGGAAGACCGUGGGAUCAUAGAACUACUGCUGACCUCAGACAACAAGGAUGGCCUGCAGAAGGGAGUGGUCCACGGAGUGCUGGCCACCAUUAACCUGCAGUCACAACAGGAGCUACAGUCACUGACCACCUCCCUCUUGAGUGUCCAGGGAAAUCAGCCCAAGAUGGUGAUGGAGUACUGGACAGGGUGGUUUGACUCAUGGGGAGGCCCACACAAUAUCUUGGAUUCCUCUGAGGUUCUGGAUACAGUGUCUGCCAUCACCAAUGCUGGCUCCUCUAUCAACCUUUAUAUGUUCCACGGGGGCACCAAUUUUGGCUUCAUAAAUGGAGCCAUGCAUUUCAAUGACUACAAGUCUGAUGUCACCAGCUAUGACUAUGAUGCUGUGCUGACGGAGGCUGGCGAUUACACAGCCAAGUACGGCAAGCUCCGAGACUUCUUUGGCUCCCUCUCAGGUGCCUCUCUCCCUCCCCCACCUGACCUUCUCCCCAAGACAGCCUAUGAACCAGUGGCACUGCCUUUCUACCUGUCACUGUGGGAUGCCCUCCAGUACAUGGAGAAGCCCAUCAAGUCUGAAAAGCCCAUCAACAUGGAGAACUUGCCUGUAAAUGAUGGGAACGGACAGGCCUUUGGGUAUACUCUGUAUGAGACCACCAUUGCCUCUUCGGGCGUCCUUCAUGGUUGUGUGCGUGAUCGAGGCCAGGUGUUUGUGAACACAGUGUCCAUAGGAUUCUUGGACUAUAAAACAACGGAGAUUGUCAUCCCCUUGACCCAGGGUUAUACCGUGUUGAGGAUCUUGGUGGAGAACCGAGGGCGAGUCAACUAUGGGAAUAAUAUUGAUGAUCAGCGCAAAGGUUUGAUUGGAGAUCUUUACCUAAAUAACUCUCCCCUGAAAAACUUCAGAAUCUACAGCCUGGAUAUGAAAAAGAGCUUCUUUCAGAGGUUCAGUGCUGACAAAUGGAGCCCUGUCCCUGAAGCACCUGCACUCCCUGCUUUUUUCUUGGGUGUCCUGUCCAUUCUCCCUUCCCCUUCUGACACGUUUCUGAAGCUGGAGGGCUGGGAGAAGGGAGUUGUGUUCGUCAAUGGCCACAAUCUUGGACGAUACUGGAACAUCGGACCCCAGGAGACUCUUUACCUCCCAGGGGCCUGGCUGAACUCAGGAGCCAACCAGGUGGGAGCACUUCAGGCCUCCUCUCCUUUCCUAUGCGAAUCUCUUUCCACCCCUCUCCUUCUGGGAAAGAAAUGCUUCCCUGGGAGCCUUCAGUCAGGACCGGAGAGGGGCAGAUGCUCCAGAACACCCCUCUCUCCCCCACAGGUCAUUGUUUUUGAGGAAACCAUGGCAGGUCCUAUGGUGCAGUCCACCGACACCCCCAACCUGGGGAGGAACCAGUACCUACACUGAGCAGCAGCCCUGCGCUUCCUGCCCGGGCUCGCUGCCUCCACCUCCCUACUGGAGUCUCCUUAAGAAGCAACCUCAGGGAACCGAGGGCUGCAGUCUGCCCUUGGUCUGAAACCCUACUCCUGGGGACCCUGAAGAGCAUGGUGGAAUGGCACAGGGACCUCUUGCCCCAGGUGGCUCCUCAGCCUGGCUUAGUGGCUGGUGCGUUGUCCCCUCCUCAUGGGAGAGGCCUCAGGGAAGUCUCUCAGAGCUGGGAAUGUUUAGUUAGAUGCCAGUGGUGAGUUCUGGGCCCCUAGACAAGGUGCUGAAGCUGGGAUGUCACCCCCACUCUGGAACCAAAGCUCUGCUCUUUAGUCUGCAGGACAUGGUGUGCUUCCAAAUGUCCAGGGGUGUGGCUGAAUCUGCACAGCCCUUCUGCGUCCUGAAGCUGUGGGGGCAUCGUCUGCAGAGGACAGGGGAGGGGGUGUCAUCUGAGUUGACUCUGUUUUUCUUCUGCACUCUCCCUGAGCAGCCUCCACUGGAGAAGCGAUGCUGUUUUUCAUUCCUACAGUCUCUGCAUCUGAUAGGAUGACAAAUUAAGCUUAGGAGAAACAGAAGCAGACACGCACUCUCCUAAAUUAGAAAACCUUUCCAGUCAUACUCAAUGAGAGGUAUCUUUGAAGAGAAAUAUGUACCCUAAUAGAAAGCCACCCCAUAGCCAACGUCCAGAGUGGGAAAGGUAGAGGUCCAGCUAAGAGGCAUUGGGCAGAUGGCCCCCAGAGAAUGUCCAGGUAGCCACAAGGUGCACAGGUCUAGCCUAGGUACUAUCCUUAGCCUGGUGCAUCUGCUGUCCUUUAUAACUAGGCAGCAGGAGAAAGGGUAGCCUUUCUGUGCAGCUGUCUGUCUCCACGUCCAGAUUGGAGGCUCUCUCUCUCAGGUCAAGUCCAGUGGUUUGUCUCAGGUUCACUGUCCUGGUUUACAAUAAAGUGAUGGAGAUGAAUCCAAUCCUCUUGACUAGUGUCCUGCCUUGUCUGUGCUACUCUGCUGGUGGAGAAGGCAGGCAGGGUCAGGUACACAUUCCACUGCUGGUGCUUGAAGACGUAGAUGCUGACCAUGCCCAGCUGGUGCCUGUCCACACCCAUGGCUUCUUAGUACCUUCUGGACGGUGGUUCUCCUUGUGGUGUUACUGGGUUGGAAGGAUCACUGAACAGGAGGGGCCAAAUACAAACCAUUCUCAUGCUGAUGGACAGGCAUGAAAAUGCACCAAACAGGCAAGGAUGCCCAGUUAGGUGUGGGGGUGGGCAGUGGUGUUUUCUUCACCAGGCACAUCUGGCGUGUAAUGCCUAAAAUUAAUUAUCUUCAGUAACAGUCAAAGGCAGAGAGCACACACUUUCUAAGCACAGCUCCUGCAUGGUGUUGGGAGAGCAGGAAUCCUGAACCCAGAGUCCACAGUAGGGGUAAUCUGGUGUGCAGCAGUUCAUGGGGCACCCAAGUGACCACCCAGUAUAGAGAAAAGAAACUUAUUAAAGUGGAGAAAGACAGGGCCUGCAGAGAAAGACAGUUCCUAAUUUUGUCCAAACUCACCAGCUCUGAGCUCCCUGGAGUGGAGGGCAUUGAGCUAAGAUGCAAGUGAGCCCAGGGUGACUCAGGCGUGACCUGAGCCAGGGAACAGUGUCGCAGUGUCACUUACUAUACAGCACACAGGAGCAGGGUUUCUGCAAAGCUCAAUUCUGCUGGAAAAUGUGAUAGGGAACUAGAACUUAACACUGGGCUCCUGUCCUCUGUCCACAAUGCAUGCGGUACCUGUGAGACGUGUGGCUUUGUAAACAGCCUCGACACCAGUCCCUUCCAACAUCCUUCCUUCCCUGUACUCACUCCAGGGUACAGGCAGCUGUCCCCUCAGCAUCUUCUCCACGUCUGGCAAGCAUCAGACAGAGUCCUGAUCUUCCCAUGCCUCCCCUCCUGCACUCCCUUCCACAUCAAGCAAUAGCAGCUCUCUUCUGGGUUCCCACAACUUGUUUUUAGCUCUGUGUAUCAUUCUAGUCCCUCAGCAGGUCCUCCUGGUCUUAAAGACCUGGAAUUCAGCCACUUCUGUCUUGCAGCUUUUGCCCUCAGAAGGCCCUCCAUGGUCUCUAUCUGGGCUACUACAGGAACCGCCUUCCUGCUUGCCUUGGCUUCUCCACAUGUAUCUAGGCCAGUUGCAUCAUGCUGGUCCCCUAUACUGAACUCUGCAAUGCCUUGUUUCACCCAGGGUAGAAACCAAAAGCUUCACCCUGGCACCACAGCGCCCACCCUACCUGCCCUGCACCUUGACCCUCUUCCCAUGCUUGUUGGUGGCGGCAACACGAGCCUUUGGGCUGAGCCCUGACCAUGCUCGGCACCCCACAGCCUGCCGAGAGCUCUGUCCUUGGGUGCUGUGACCUUCAGAGCUGCGCUUCAGGAUGCUGCUGCUCUGCUCAAAGUUACUGUUUCGGGGAGACCUUCCCGACCCUUCCACAGAGAGCCACGGCCUCUCACCACUGCUGCUGUCCACCACCACUCAGGGCCACUCCUUGCAGCAGAUCAUGUGUGAAACACUGUUCCUUUGUGGACUGAGUCCUUUGUUUUUCCCACCACUGUGCACUGGCUUUUAGGGCCCCCCCUUGUCAUAGCAGGAUGCUGCUCAGUGCUUGUCAUGUGCCUGUGUCAGUCAGUGAUAGUGAAAGGGUUGAGGAUGAGGACUGUUAAAAACUGUAUCUGACUUUUAAUUUUGAAAACAAAUUACAGUUAAAUGAAAAUGGAGCAGAUGGUGCAGCUGCCUGGGCUCUCCGCUCCCCAGCUUCUGCCCUGGCUGCACUGACCUGGCCUCGCUGCCCAGGGUGGGCUCACCGGUGCGGGGCAUGGAGUAGCCUGGGUUGGAGAACAGAACCAGUUGUGAUCUAUAACAAACUCAUUCCCGACAGAGAGAAGGCUGCACCCCACCAGGGUUAUAAUUAUAAAUAAAUAUACAUGCAGCUAAGAGAGGGGAUUAAGAAAAAAACAACCCGACUAGCAUCUGCCAAAAGAACUUUUUUUCCUCAUUUUGUUCAUUGUCAACUUCCUGAAAAUGAG